CCUCCACCCCCGGGUCUGUGGCUGAAGAAGGAGAAUCUCCCUAAAGGCUAAAGUCAACGCGUUUAGUAGGACCGACCUGUGUGAGGAACUCCCCAGUUUCCUGAGACAUCCUGGCUCCUGCUUCUUCUAAGACCUUCUGCGGAAGACAUAUUUCUCAUCUGCGAUAUUUUUCUUUUUAAAUUCCCACUUUCACUUCAGGAAAUUAAUGUUUUCUUUUGGGUGUUUUGGCAAUGACUGAAUUAAAGCUAGGCUAAUACUUUUUCCUUCUAAAUUGUCAGGAGCUAUGGACCGAAGGAAGAUGGAGCACUUCUCUUCCAGUGUGAUUUUGAUCAUGACCUUUUCCAAAGCGUUUGAACUGGGAUUAGUUGCUGGGCUGGGCCACCGUGAACUUGCCCCUCCGUCCGAGGGAGCCCUGGCCUUCAGAGAUGACAGACUUCAGUCCCAGAAGGAGCCUGCAAUUCGUCAUCGGCUUUCACAGUUCAUACCAUCCAUGGGAAUCCAGAAGAGUAAGGAGCUAAACAGAACCUGCUGUCUAAACGGGGGCACCUGCAUGCUGGGGUCCUUUUGUGCCUGCCCUCCCUCCUUCUACGGACGGAACUGUGAGCAUGAUGCGCGCAAAGAGAACUGUGGGUCUGUGCCCCACGACACCUGGCUGCCCAGGAAGUGUUCCAUGUGUAAAUGCUGGCAGGGCCAGCUGCGCUGCCUUGCUCAGACAUUUCUACCUGGUUGCGAUGGCCAUGUGAUGGAUGAUCAGCUCACAGCUUCUGGGACUCGAAAAUUCACACUGUCUGCAUGCACUCUUAUGCUCCCUGGCAUCUGCCUUGCUAUACAAAGUUAUUAUUAAUCCACAUUUGCAUGCAACAUGUGUCAUGCAAAUUUCAUGACCGGUAAAGGCUGUCUCUCCAAUGUCCUAACAGACAGUCAUUUGUUAGUCGCCUUGAAAUAGUGAAUAGAUUUCCAUAUGGUCUCUAACAUUUCCUUAAACUAUACACUACUUUCCUCUGUCCUACCCUCUCCAAAAAACUGCUUUAAAAAAAGUCAUCUCUUGUGCCCAAGUCUUGCGUUUCUUGAUACAUCUAACUCUACCAAGGACUUAUUAUUUUUCUUUAAACUAUUGAAUUCUAUCUUCAGAUUAUUAAGGGUUACUCCUAAUAUGGAACUGAGCACAAAGCUUUGAGUAGAGUUCAUCAAAAUCAAUUAAAAUAGUAUUUUGGAAAGGAAAGGAAAGGAAGCAUCUGUAAGGGGAGCAAAGGAGAAGGGAGGGAGCAGAUAUUAAAGGUGAGAGACAGGAUGCUGGAGUAAUGCAAGUGUACGGGUGUCCCAAGGAGACUAGCAAAGUGGGAGCAAAUAAGAGAAAUUUGAGGGAAAAAAAAGGGGGAUUACUUGAUUGAUGAUGACUGCAGGUGCACAGAGAAGCAAGUUAAAAAUCUAAGUUGAAGGACAAGUUUCUAUCAUCUAUAGGAAGCUAUAUAAGAAAAGGAUAGCUCUGUCUUCAAGGAAUUGUAAAGAGAAUGAAAUUUCCUUGAAAAAAAAAUUCUAUCUGAAUUACCCCCAUGAGAGUGCUUAAUAAAUUAUCUUUUCUCCAUACUAUGCAAUUAUUUUAAUGGUUGUAAAAGAGGAAAUGUUCACAGUAUACUUAGUUGUAAACCUAUACGUUAAAUAAAUGUUAAAUAUAUAAAGCUA